ACCUCUGCGAAGCUGAGCCGCCUGCGACUUGCGCGUCUGUCGGCUCUGUGCGAGGAGAGGGGCAUCCCUUCUCAAGCCAAGAAGGCCAUCCUCGUCGAUCGUCUGCUCCAAUGGCCUGACGACAGCCAAGAUGAGGAUGUUCCCCCAGCAACAGCCACAAAGGUCCGUGCAGGCGGGCGACAAGCCGCAAAAGUCCGCGCCGUCGUCGUAGGGGCCCCUGGCCGCAAAAAGAGUGCUAGUCAUACACCCUUGUUGCUGCGAUCCACGUCCAAGGAGCCCAACUCUCGCCCGCCCAGCCCUGUUCUCGACGAAGACCACCAGGAUGCGCAGCCAGCAGAGGCCGUCGAUGAGCUGAACGGGCUCGACCUCGAGAUGCUGAAUCUGACGGACAAGGAGAUAGCUCCUUUCAAGCUCGAGAAGCUGGACAAAAUCGGCUCCGGGGGCUACAAAGAUGUCUACAUCGGCAAUUACAGGCCGUCUGCAACGGCCUCCGCCACUAAUCGAGGCCGAGCCAUGAAGGUUGCGAUCGCUGACAUUCGGGACGAUCUCACCGAGAUGGACAUAAAGGAGCUCAGCCUGCUCCGCGAUCUCAAGCAUGAGAACAUCGUCCGCUUCAUUGGCGUCUCCAUACCGGAGCCCCCGCGGCACGUUCCAUGCAUGAUCGUAUCUGAAAUUUGCACCAACGGCGAUCUGUUCGACUAUGUCCGCAAUGUCGAACCGCCGCCUGCAGAAGAGAUUUUUCGCAUCAUGCUAGAGACUGCCAAGGGCAUCGAGUAUCUGCAUAGUCGCGAUCCCGCCAUCAUACACCGCGACAUCAAAUCGACCAACAUACUAGUCACCAGCAAGAAGGUGGUCAAAAUCAAUGACUUUGGUCUAGCUCGCGUCAAGAACACACGGCGGUCGAUGAUGCGUUCUCUCGUUGGCACUGUCAACUGGCAGGCCGCCGAGCUCUGGGUGCCAAAGCCCAAUUACAACGAAAAGGUGGAUGUGUGGAGCGUUGCGAUGACCUUCUGGGAAACUUUGCAGUGGCACGAGAAGGUCAAGAAGUAUCCAUUCGAGGGCAUGAACGAGCAUCAGAUCUACCUCGAGGUUGGAGGGCCAAAACGCGUUCGUCCCAAGACGGCAUCCAUACGCAAGCGACAUGGAGAAGGCAUUGUCAAUCUCUUGGAUCGAAUGUGGGAUGCGAAUCCGCGCAACCGCCCAAACAUGCUUGGAGUUGUUGAGGAACUAGAGCGACUUCUUGCAGAGAUCCGA